AUGUACAAAGAUCUCUGUGAGCUUUACUGGUGGCCUAGUUUGAAACAGGAGGUAACUGCUUUUGUUUCACAUUGCCUGGCGUGUCAAAAGGUUAAGGCUGAGCACCAGCUGUCUUCAGGUUGGGUUUGGGGUAUUACAAAGGCAGCUUCUGAUCAACAGAAAUUGUAUGCAGAUUUGAAAAGGCGUGAUAUCAAGUAUUAUAUAGGUGAUCAGGUAUUUCUAAAAGUUUUUUCGUGGAAAAAUGUUCUCCGAUUUGGGCAUAAGAGCGAGUUGAACCUGAGGUUUAUUGGACCUUAUCGUAUUCUGAAAACGUAUCGGACCUGUGGCCUAUCAUUAGAGCUACCCCCUGAAUUGGAUCGAAUUCACAACGUGUUCUACGUCUUUAUACUGAGACGGUACCAGUCUGACCCCUCUCAUAUUGUCCCUGUUGAGGAGAUUAAGGUAAGACCGGAUCUAACUUUUAAGGAGAAACCUGUUCAGAUUCUGGAUCGAGAUUUAAAGGUCUUAAGGAGGAAAACCAUUCCUCUAGUUAAGGUCCUAUGGCGAAAUCAUGGUACUGAGGAAGCAACUUGGGAACCUGAGAAUUUGGUUCGUCAGUAA